UAAAAACAUGAAACCUGGCAGUCACUGCGGAGGGAAAUCACACACCCUCACGGCGCUGCCUGUGUGCGUGCUGCCUUUUGAUUGGAUUAAAUCCAGGCGAAAUGUGAUGUGGUCUGUGUGCGACUGUUACAGUAGCGCGUAAGGAGAUGGCGCCUUCCCCGACAAAGAGGAAGGAGGACGACAAGAGCAAACAGCGAGGUAAAGAGAAGUCAGGAGCCGCGAAAGAAGCAGGUGACAAAGGCCGGGGCCGAGAGAAGAACCGCACACGGCGCAGUGCCUCCAGUGGGAGCAGCAGGUCCAGCUCGAGCUCCAGCAGCAGCUCAGGCUCCAGCUCAGGUUCCUCCAGUGGCUCCAGCUCCUCUGCCUCCAGUCACUCGGGCUCAUCCAGCUCCCGCUCCUCUUCCUCCUCCUCCUCGUCCUCUUCACCGAGCCCCAGCCGCCAGCGACACAACAACAGACGACGCUCGCGCUCAAAGUCAAAAUCAGCGAAGAAGGAUGACCGGGACCGGCGACGUAGGAGCCCCACACCCAAACCCACCAAGGUGUACCUGGGCCGGCUGACCAGGAAUGUCAUUAAGGAACACAUCCAGGAGAUCUUCGCCACUUACGGCAAGAUUAAGAUGAUCGACAUGCCCAUGAACCGCGUCCACCCUCACCUGUCCAAAGGCUACGCCUACGUGGAGUUUGAGACGCCCGAGGAGGCGGAGAAGGCCCUGAAACACAUGGAUGGAGGUCAGAUCGACGGUCAGGAGAUCACAGUCACAGCUGUGCUGACUCCCACAGUGCGUCCUCCCCCUCGCAGGCUGUCCCCGCCCCGCAGGAUGCCUCCCCCACCACCAAUGUGGCGACGCAGUCCACCUAGAAUGAGGAGAAGGUCUCGGUCUCCACGGCGACGUUCUCCAGUGCGUCGCAGGUCUCGUUCACCCGGGCGCCGCCGCCACCGGUCACGCUCUAGUUCCAACUCUUCCCGCUAGUGAUAAGGAACCCCUUCCUCCCUCUUCCCGUCUGGAUCUGCUCCUCCGCUGUGUCAUUUUGAUCAUCAUUGUGACCAAAAAUACACAUUUUUGUGGUUAACUGUCAGCACUUGAGUGGUGGGAACAGAGACAUCAAAAUCAUGACCGCAACCCUGAAUAAAUCAUUCUUAUAGUAUGCAGAAUAUUAAACGGUAAGACACAAGCAUUGUCUUAGAAUUGAGAAAUUGAGCUUAACGCAAUAUGAAGUUUCUAGACAAUCAGCGUAGAAAAUGCUAAAUUGAUGUAAAUAUUACGAGCUGAUGUCCAGUGACAUUAGAGCCAGAGGGUGCAAUGAGAUUAAAUGUGAUUAAAAGAAACUUCAAAUCUUCAAAUUCACAAAAACAUGAUGGAAAUAUGGCAUUUUCUGUUUGUCUCUAAUUAUUCGAAGUUAUCGUGGAAUCAUCUACAAGGAUCACAUGAUUGUUUCUACUGUCUGUGUUCUCAUCACCAAAACAGUUGUUAACAAAUAAAACUUCUUAAAAUGAUCCUACUGCAUAAUAUUCAGUGUUCUCUGAAUUUCACAGAUGGUCACUUCUAGUGCGUCCAGUGCAAUAAAUUAUGAUGACUGAAUUCCAGAUUUGA